AUGGCACCCAAUCAAUCGCACCUGUCAGAUGUUAUCUCUCAAUACAAUGCGUGUCUGGAACGUUCUGUCACAAGUGUCUCAAUUAUCACAACAUUAAAUGCAUUCAGGGCUAAGAGCCAUUUGUGUGUCCAUGGACUUCAAAUGGAGCGGUCAGUGCGGGAGAAUACCCUGCAUCAUGCCAUCGGAAACGUUCUUGUCGUAGCUCGGAUCUUUGGAGUACUUCCUCUUUCCGGAAUAGGACCUACUAAAAAUCCGGAAAAUGUUCGCUUUCGCUGGUUUUCGCCUUUUAUUCUACUUUUCGUGGUGGUAUUCACAUUUGUAAUCGGUGAUUUUGUGCUCUCAGCCAAGUUGGUGCUUAACAAUGGUCUUAAGGUCUAUACUAUAGGUUCUCUGAGUUUUAGUGUGAUAUGCAUUUUUUGUUUUUGCGCCUUUAUAAAUAUCGCCCGUCGAUGGCCCCAAAUCAUCCGACAGACAGCGCUAUGUGAGCGGAUCUUCCUGAAACCCUGCUAUGGCAGCCAUGAGGGAGUCAACUUUAGUAGAAUUCUUCAACGUUGGGCACUUAUGCUUCUGGUGACCGCCCUGUGUGAACACCUCACCUAUGUGGGCAGUGCCGUUUGGAGCAACUACGAGCAGAUUCGGGAUUGCAAUCUGAAGGAGGGAUUCGUAGAGAACUAUUUCCUGCGGGAGCGUCAGGAGGUAUUCUCAGUGUUUGAUUACCGAGUUUGGAUGGUGUUCUUCAUCGAGUGGAGCACCCUUUCCAUGACAUUCGUCUGGAACUUUGGAGAUAUCUUCCUGAUUCUUAUGUGUCGGGGAUUGAAGAUUCGGUUCCAGCAACUUCACUGGCGUAUUCGUCAGAAUCUGCGGAAGACCAUUACCAAAGAGUUCUGGCAGGAAGUACGUUCGGACUUGUUGGACCUGGAUGAUCUGCUAAAGCUCUACGAAAAAGAGUUGUCUGGCUUGAUAUUGGUCUGCUGCGCCCACAACAUGUACUUCAUUUGUGUCCAAGUCUACCACAGUUUUCAAGUUAAAGGCGCCUUCAUGGACGAGCUCUACUUCUGGUUCUGUUUGCUUUAUGUGAUCGCCCGCUUGAUGAACAUGAUGUUUGCGGCUGCUUCGAUUCCCCAGGAGGUCAAGGAUAUAUCGAGCACCCUUUAUGAAGUACCCUCAAGUACUUGGUGCGCCGAUCUGGAGCGUUUAAGUGAGAUGUUGCGCAACGAAACCUUUGCCCUCAGUGGAAAGCGAUACUUUUUUCUCACCCGAAGGCUCAUCUUUGCAAUGGCUGCUGCUUUAAUGGGAUACGAACUGGUGCUGUUCCACCAAUUGGAAGGUGCCGUGGUGCAGAAAAGUAUUUGCAGCCGUGGAGCCGGCUCCUCCAUGAGCAUUUUUCUCAUCAUUGCCCAGGUCUUUGCUCUCAUGCCAGUUCGGGAAGUGAGCUCCAAGUUCGCAGAAGACCUGACCUUCACCUGGUUCAGCAUUCGCACUUAUUACGCCUUGGUGACCAUCCUGUGCUUUGGUGUAACUUCCGGAUAUCUGGUGGCUUACGUGACGAAUGUGUCCUUCGACUUCGAUUCGGUGGAGACUCUGGUCUUUUACCUAUCCAUAUUCCUCAUCUCUUUGUCGUUUUUGCAACUGGCCAGGAAGUGGCCUGCGAUAGCUCGGGAAUGGCAGUUGGUGGAGGCCAAGUUACCACCUCUCAAAAUGCCCAAGGAACGCAGAUCCCUGGCCCAGCACAUCAAGAUAAUCACCAUAGUGGCCACCACUUGCUCGCUGGUGGAACACAUAAUGAGCAUGCUGUCCAUGGGCUACUACGUAAGCUCCUGUCCCCGGUUCCCGGGUCAUCCCAUCGACAGUUUCCUGUACUUGAACUACUCCUCGGUGUUCUACUUUGUGGACUACACUCAUUUUCUGGGGAUCUUGGGCAAGGUGGUCAAUGUCUUGAGUACUUUCGCCUGGAACUUUAACGAUAUCUUUGUGAUGGCCGUUAGUGUGGCUUUGGCUGCACGUUUUCGACAGCUAAAUGAUUUCAUGAUGAGGGAGGCUCGACUGCCCACCACUGUGGACCAUUGGAUGCAGUGUAGGAUUAACUUCCGGAACCUUUGCAAACUGUGCGAGGAGGUGGACGAUGCCAUAUCCAUCAUUACCCUGCUCUGCUUCAGCAACAAUCUGUACUUUAUAUGUGGCAAAAUCCUCAAGAGCAUGCAGGCCAAGCCUUCUAUUUUGCACACCCUGUACUUCUGGUUCUCACUCACCUAUCUACUUGGUCGCACCCUCAUCCUGUCCCUCUACAGCGCCAGUAUCAAUGAUGAGUCCAAGCGGCCCCUGGUCAUCUUUCGCUUGGUCCCCCGGGAGUUUUGGUGCGAUGAGCUAAAGCGUUUUUCGGAGGAGGUUCAGAUGGACAAUGUGGCUCUGACAGGCAUGAAGUUCUUUCGCCUCACACGCGGCGUUGUCAUUUCGGUGGCCGGCACCAUUGUGACCUACGAGCUUAUUUUGCUGCAGUUCAACGGCGAGGAAAAGUUGACUGGGCCAAUCCUACCGAGCAGUUCGCCUCGGCGCGUUGAGUUAGAAGGUCGCAGGAUGAAGUUCCUUCCGAAGCUGGAGAGCAAGUUGCGCCGGCUGAAGAAGAAGGUGACCAGGUCACCACUGGUUAGAAAGUUGGACUUGGUUCACGAAAGUGCCCGUAAGAAGGCCUUUCAGGAAAGUUGUGAAACCUACAAAAAUCACAUUGAGAUUGAGUACGAAGUGCGGAAUAAGCAGCCAAAGCUAUCCCGUAGCGAUAAGGAGGCCUUCCUCAGCGAUGGAAGCUUCCACCAGGCAGUUGGCCGAGUGCUCCUCGUGGCCGAAUUCUUCGCCAUGAUGCCCGUCAAGGGAGUGACGGGAAAGCAUCCGUCGAAUCUGAGCUUCUCCUGGCGCAACAUUCGCACCUGUUUCUGCCUGCUCUUCAUCGCCUCGAGCUUGGCCAACUUUGGACUAUCAUUGUUUAAGGUUUUAAACAAUCCGAUUAGUUUCAACAGUAUUAAGCCCAUUAUAUUCCGUGGAUCUGUUCUGCUGGUCUUGAUAGUGGCUCUAAAUCUGGCCCGUCAGUGGCCCCAGUUGAUGAUGUUCUGGCACGGAGUGGAGAAGGAACUGCCGCAGUAUAAGACGCAGUUGGGCAAGUGGAGGCUGGGCCACACCAUAUCGAUGGUCAUGCUAGUGGGAAUGAUGCUGUCCUUCGCGGAGCACAUUUUGAGCAUGGUGUCGGCCAUUAACUAUGCUUCAUUUUGCAACCGCACCGCCGAUCCCAUCCAGAAUUACUUUCUGCGCACCAAUGAUGAGAUCUUUUUUGUGACCAGCUACUCCACUCCAUUGGCCUUGUGGGGCAAGUUCCAGAAUGUCUACUCCACCUUCAUAUGGAACUACAUGGACAUGUUCGUGAUGAUUGUCAGCAUUGGUUUGGCGGCCAAGUUUCGCCAGCUGAACGAUGAUUUGCGAAAUUUUAAAGGAAUGAACAUGGCUCCCACUUACUGGUCAAAACGUCGCAUACAGUACAGGAACAUAUGCAUACUGUGCGACAAAAUGGACGAUGCCAUAUCCCUAAUUACCAUGGUGUCCUUCUCCAAUAAUUUGUACUUCAUUUGCGUUCAGUUGCUGAGAAGCUUAAACACCAUGCCUUCGGUGGCCCAUGCGGUGUACUUCUACUUCUCCCUCACCUUCCUCAUUGGUCGCACAUUGGCGGUUUCACUGUACUCGGCCAGCGUUCAUGACGAAUCCAGGCUUACACUUAGGUUCCUGCGUUGUGUGCCCAAGGAGUCCUGGUGUCCGGAGGUGAAAAGAUUCACAGAGGAGGUAAUCAGCGACGAGGUGGCCCUCAGCGGAAUGAAGUUUUUCCACCUCACAAGGAAGCUGGUAUUGAGUGUUGCUGGCACCAUUGUCACCUACGAGCUCGUACUCAUCCAAUUCCACGAGGACAACGACCUGUGGGACUGCGAUCAGAGCUACUACUCAUAGAACGACGAUUUAUAGUACGAGGUUUAUUGCAUAAUAAAUAAAAAAUCAUCUUGCACUUUA